CGGCUAUACGGCACAGAUAACGUCGAACAAAUGCCCCAAAUACGGACGAUUUCAGUGGACAAUCGGGGCAGUCAAGUCAAACAGUGGGCGGCACAAUGUGCAUUGUUGCAGCCCUUCGCCUCGCGUUGGAGAAAAGCUGCAGGUGUCAAAUGGGUCGAUGACGGAUAUCGUUUACGCCCUAUGCCUUUUGGUACGGAGUAAUUGAUUUCUUCUAGUUUUUUUGUCACCUCGAGUCUAUCUACUGUACAGUAUCUGUAUGCCUGGACCAGCGAAAGACACGACCUCGCCUCGUUCCGUCCUCUCUUUGGCCUUUCCACUCGUUACGACGGCACACAGGUGAAUGCAUACAUCUAAUCUUCGCACUCUUCCUCUUCUGCUCGGACACCGAUUCACACAAAUGACCUCCACCUCGGGAUGGACAGUAUGUCAAGCCGAGAUACGUCGGACAGCGAGAAACAUGGAAUUCAACGUCAUGCUUCUUCCCCUGAGCACGAAAUCGACCCUUACGGCGACGAGCUCACGAAACAGUUGAGUCGAGGAUCCGAACUGAAAAAGGUCGCCAGCAAUACUCUGGGGAGAGUCGCGUCACGUCUAACAACCCGAGACAUCGUCGACCCUGGACCUCCACCCGAUGGCGGCCUCAAGGCAUGGGUUCAAGUUGCCAUGGGUUGGCUGGUAUGCGUCUGUACCUGGGGUUACAUCAAUUCCUUCGGCGUGUUCCAGACAUACUAUACCGACACCAUGGGUGAAUCGCAGUCCACCAUAUCCUGGGUAGGUUCGUUGCAACUGUGGACAGUGUUCUUCACAUCUGCAUUUUCCGGCCGGGCGCUCGACGCAGGACUGUUUGUCCCGACCCUGAUCUUUGGGUCGACGAUUCAACUGCUAGGCAUCUUCAUGACAAGUCUGUGUAAUGAAUUUUGGCAACUGCUGUUGGCACAGGGGAUUUGUACGGGCUUGGGGAGUGGCAUCAUCUUCUGUCCCACCAUGGGCUUGGUCACGACUUACUUCAAGGACAAACGUGGCAUCGCCGUGGCCAUCGUGACCACAGGCAACUCCGUCGGCGGUUCGGUGUAUCCGGUCAUGAUUCGUCAACUGCUCCCGAAGAUAGGGUACGCCUGGACGGUACGUGUAGUCGGGUUCGUGAACCUGGCCCUGCUCGGGACCGCGCUGGCGUUCAUGAGACCGCGACUGCCACCCCGGAAGGCGGGCCCCAUCAUCGAGUGGAGGGCUUUCUACGAGGUGCCGUACACCAGCAUGCUCGUCGGCAUGUCGCUCGUCUUUGGCGGCAUGUUUUUUUCGUAUUACUACCUUGGCUCGUACGGGAGGGACAUUCUCGGCAUGAGCUACGCCGACUCGGUCACGCUGCUCAUCAUCUUCAACGCCACCGGCAUCCCCAUGCGGUUGUUGACCGGCUGGGUCGCCGAUCGGGUCUCGGGCCCGUUGAACGCGAUGGUGCUGCUCCUCUUCUUCAAUGGCCUCUUUGGUCUUUGCUGGAUCGCCGUCCGUUCUGUGCCGGGCCUGUACGUGUUUUCGGUGUUUUAUGGCUUCUCCGCCGGGGCGUUUCAGUGUCUUUUCCCGACGACGUUGACGAGUUUGAAUAACGAUGUGAGCAAGAAUGGAACGAGAUUGGGCAUGGCGUUUUCGAUAUUCAGCUUUGCGGGACUGGCCGGCCCACCCAUCGGGGGCGCCUUGCUCACGACGAACGGCGGCGGUAGAGGUGGUUACCUGGCCGCGCAAUUGGGACUGGGGUUGGCGACAUUCUUGGGAGCUUUGUUCAUGGUGACUGCUAGAGUUCACAAGGAGGGCUGGAGUCUGACGAUAAAAUGUUGAUAACUGCUGCAGCGUUUUAUAGGCACGAUUUUAUGAAAAAUAUGGCAACAGGAGACUAGAAUUGAUGCGUUUGACCUUGAACACAGGUACAAGGAAAGUAUGAGCAGAAGAUACCGAGCUCUUCAGCCCUGUAUAUGUAGUCUGACCCCUGUCAUCGAC